AGUGGCCCGACUCCUGCGUCUGCCCCAGCUGCCGACUCGCCUCAGCACCUGUCGCUCGGUGUGUCCCGGAGCCGGCGCCCCUUACUCCGUCCGGGCCAGGGAGUGCCAUGGUUUCCCUGCCCAGGCCCCCUGCGACCAGCUUGCUGCGGUUUUUGUUCCUGGGGCUGAGUACCCUCGCGUCCCCCUCACAGGCCCAGCUGGAGCUCCACGUGCCCUCUGGCCUCACCAGGUUGAAGGCAGUGGAAGGAUCAGAAGUGGUGCUCCCAGCGUGGUACACCGUGCAAGGACAUGUAUCUUCAUCCCAGCGGUGGGAGUUGCUCACGGUGAUGUGGUUCUUGGAGCAAGAAGGGAAGGAUCUGAACCAGGUGCUGGCGUACAUCAGUGGGACCACGUCAAGCAAAAGUGGGGUAUCCCUGGUCUACUCCAUGCCUUCCCAGAAUGUGUCACUGCGGCUGCAGGACCUCCAGGAGAAAGACUCUGGGUCCUACCGCUGCUCAGUGAAUGUGCAAGACCACCAAGGCAUCAAAAGGAGCCACAGCAGCAAAACUUUAGAACUCAGUGUGCUGGUUCCUCCAGCUCCUCCAUCCUGUGGUCUCCUGGGUGUGCCCCGUGUGGGGACCAAUGUGACCCUGAGCUGCCAGUCCCCGAGGAGUAAGCCAGCUGCCCAGUACCAGUGGGAGCGGGCACCCCCAUCCGCCCAGGUUUUCUUUGCACCAGUUUUAGAUGCCAUCCGUGGAUCCUUAAGCCUCACAAACCUUUCCAGUCCCAUGUCUGGAGUCUAUAUCUGCAGGGCCCACAAUGAGGUGGGCAGUGCCCAGUGCAAUGUGACCUUGGAAGUGAGCACAGGGCCAGGGCCUACGGUUGUUGCUGGAGCUGUUGUGGGCACUCUGGUUGGACUGGGGCUGCUGGCUGGGCUGGUCCUCUUGUACCAACGCCGAAGCAAGGCCCUAGAGGAGCCGGCCAAUGAUAUCAAGGAGGAUGCCACUGCUCCCCGGACCCUGCCUUGGCCCAAGGGCUCAGAUACAAUCUCCAAGAAUGGGACCCUUUCCUCUGUCACCUCAGCACGAGCCCUCCGGCACCCCCAAGGUCCUCCCAGGCCUGGUGCACUGACCCCCACGCUCAGCCUCUCCAGUCAGGUCCUGCCCUCACCCAGGUUGCCCAGGACAGAUGGGGCCCAACCUCAGCCAAUAUCCCCCAGCCCUGGUGGAGUCUCUUCCUCCGCUCUGAGCCGCAUGGGUGCUGUCCCUGUAAUGGUGCCUGCCCAGAGUCAGGCUGGGUCUCUGGUGUGAUGGUCCAGCCACUUACUACCCAAGCCAUCUGGUUUCUCUCCUUCCUAUAAGGGUCAGCCCUAACUCAGAGGCCUGAGUCUUGGGGGACCACCUUCCAGACCUCCAGUCCUCCACCCACAUCUUUCUCUACUAUGGGAAAACUGAGUCUCAGUUAAGAUCCAAACAUUCAGGAGGUAGAAGAAGAGGAAGUGGAUCUCAGAUUAGGAAGAGCUCCCACCCCCUUCCCCAGUCCUCCCCAUGACUGCAGGGAACGCUGGUCUGUGUGAGGAC